GGACGUGUUGCGUGUACAUGAAGAAAGAUCGACGGGCUCGCUCACAAAGAUCGCGGAUUACGAAUGUUGAUAUUUUAAAAACGCGUGGAACUUUUCAUUUUCAAAGGUAAGUUAUAUUAUUUUAUUAUUAUUUGCAAGUGUAUAGUUUGAAUAUUACUGUCAGUGUAGCAUUUUGUCAUUUUUUAAAAGGGAAUUUUUUAUUUUAAUUAGGGCAACUAUCCCUAUUUAAAAGGAUAGACGCCUCGUAUUUUGUGAGUAUAGAUGCCCUUAGGGGCAUCCAUCCCCUAUGGACUAAGUUGAUGUUUGCAUACCUAAUAUGUUCCCAUUUCUUCUUUUCAGACAUGCCUCGCAAAUAUAUUAGAAAGGUUGGAGUUCGGUCACGAGCUGAAUGGACGCAAGAGGCAUUAAUAGCUGCAAUGGACGAAAUUUCGAGAGGCAUUCUAGGAAUUAACGAAAUAUCUCGUAGAUAUGGGAUUCCCUCAAGAACAUUGAGGCGAAGAUUCGCUAACAAAAAUACGGAAAAACUGACAUUAGGAAAACACCCACUUCUUGAUUUUGAAAACGAAAAACGUUUGGUGAGUCAUAUACAGAAAUUAGAAAAAGCUGGUUUCCCUCCAACCCGUGACAUGAUUCGAAGAUUAGCCUUCGAGUUUGCUGAAAAACUGGGUAAAGAAACCAAUUUUAAUCAAGAGACUCGAAAGGCUGGGCCGCAUUGGUUAAGAUCAUUUUUAGAACGUAAUACAGAGUUAAGUAUUCGUCAAGCAGAAGGCUUAUCAGUUGCAAGAGCACAGGGAUUGAAUCGAGAUGAAGUCAACAAAAUGUUUGAACUACUGCUUAAGGUAAUGACUGAGCAUGACUUACUGAAUAAACCGGAUAGAAUUUACAUCGUAGAUGAGACAGGUGUCCAGUUAAAUAACUCUACUGGAAAAGUCAUUGCCACAAGAGGCGCAAGAGUAGUCCAUUCUGUAACUUCUGGUGAAAAAGGUGAAACUUUAUCGGUAAUAGCAUGCUGCAAUGCUGUAGGGAACUUUCUUCCCCCAGUAGUCAUCAUCAAGGGAGUAAACAAGAAACCAGAAUUUCAGGAUGGGCUCCCACCGGGAUCAGAAGUCUAUAUGAACAGAAAAUCCGCGUACGUGAAUGCUGAAUUAUUUCACAAGUGGCUAAAAGAACAUCUGGUACCUAAAAAACCAAUAGGAAAGAUUAUUUUGAUUCUGGAUGUUCCAGAGAGCUUUUUUGCAAUAUCUGACAUUUCUUUGAGUAAUCAAAGGCCUACAGAAGACAAUGCAGGUGAAAAUGAUGCACCAGAACCGGAACAAGUUUCAUCUAGUAGAUCAAGCCCUGUAGUUGAUCGAGUUCUUUCCAACGUUACUCCUAAUUAUAUGGAUAUUUUUAAUAGAACUGAAGAAGCUCUUGAGCAGGAACCAGUUCCAUCUAAUGUACAAACUCUGGGAAGUGAUCUAAAUCUAUCCAACGUUUCUCCUUGUAAUACGGAUCGACCAGAUAGGAGAUUUUCUAAUUCAAGCCCAUCAAUUCUGUCACAGAAUAAUAAUAUUAUCAACAUUGAGGAACUAGAAACACCAAGCAAAUAUUUGCAAGAAUCUUCGCCGGUGCCAAUUGUCCCGGUUCCAUUUCAUAAGAGAGGAAAACAAUCAGCUGCAAUUUUAAACACUAAAGAAAAUAUUGAAGCGAAGAAAUCUAAAGUUAAAGGUAAAGCUACUCCAGGAAUACGUUGUAAAAAUAAAUGCCAAACAGCUAAAGCUGAUGUACAGAAGAAAGUGUUACGAACUGCAGUCAAGUUUCCAAAAAAGAUUCCAGCCAAAUGUAUUAAGAAAAGAAAAGGCAUUAGAGAAUCUAGUGAUGAGACGACCAUCUCGGAUAUUUCUAAUGAAUCUGAUUCAGAUUUCGACCAGGCGAGAGUAAGUGAAAUUGAUUUGCAUAAAAAAAACAGAGAUCUCAAGCUAAGAAUCAGAGUAAAGUUCCAACUAAAACUUAUAAGAAAAGACGAAUAG